GGGGGAGGAGGAGGUGAUAUAAGGCGGCGCCGGGCGUGGCCGGAGCAGUUGUUGUGCAGUGUGUGCUGGCGGGCGGUAACGUCGGCUCCUCAGACACAAUGCGUGCAUUAGUGCUUGCGGUCGUGACAGUGGCGGUGGUGUCGGCAUACGGGCCCCCCAAACCUCAUUCCAAUGACAACGGCUGCAGUAGUGGGAACUGCGGCAGCUCAAGCAGUUCUGGCAGCAGUGGCGGGUGUGGUACUAGUGGCUGCCCUCAAGCAGGUAACACACAGAUAACCUGCAGCGGAAGCGGCUGCGUCAGCGGUAGUGGCGGUGUCAGUGGUAGCAGUGGCAGCAGUGGGAGUAGUGGCUGCUCUGGUGCCGGGUGUCCAGCAGGCGACUCUGCUCCAUACUGGUGGCUGGGAGACAACUCUCCCUUUAAGCUUCCUCCAGGGGCGCAAGACUCCCGCACGCCGACUAGCCCAUUCCAGCAGCCCGCGAAAUCCAAACCAUCACCACUGUCACCCACGCUCCACAACCUGGUGAUCCCACCCAUGGGCAUCUGUGAUCCCACAUUCGUCUGUGUGCACUGGCAGCUGUGUCGGGACGGCUAUGUUAUCAGCGACGGCACUGGUGAAAUCAACAAGCAGCUCAAGGAGAUCCCGUUCCAGGUGAAGUUCAAGUACACCAGUUGCGGCGGAGACAUGGUAUGCUGCGGCGUGCCCUCAGGCGGCUCCCAAGUGCCCUCAGGCAGCUCCCAAGUGCCAUCUGGCGGCUUCCAAGUGCCCUCAGGCGGCUUCCAAGUGCCCUCUGGCGGCUCUCAAGUGUCCUCAGGCAGCUCCCAAGUGCCAUCUGGCGGCUUCCAAGUGCCUUCUAGCGGCUCCCAAGUGCCCUCUAGCGGCUCGCAAGUGCUCUCAGGCGGUUUCCCAGUUCCCUCUGGAGGCUCCCUAGUGCCCUUCGGUGGCUCCUCUGUGCACACAAGUAGCUCCUCGGUGCACUCCGGCAGCUCCUCAGCUCCUGUAAGAGGCUCCUUAUUGCCUUUCAGCGGCUCCUCAGUGCAUUCCGGCGGCUCCUCAGUGCACUCCGGCAGUUCCUCAGUGCACUCCGGCAGUUCCUCAGUGCAUUCCGGCAGUUCCUCAGCUCCUGUAAAAGGCUCCUUAUUGCCUUUCAGCGGCUCCUCAGUGCAUUCCGGCGGCUCCUCAGUGCAUUCCGGCAGCUCCUCAGUGCCUUCAAAAGGCGCCCUAGUGCCCUUCGGCGGCUCUUCGGUGCACACCAGUAGCUCCUCAGUGCACUCCGGCAGCUCCUCAGUGCCUGCAAAAGGCUCUUUACUGCCGUUCAGCGACUCCUCAGUGCACUCUAGUGGAUCCUCGGUGACUUCCGGAGGUUCCCUAGCGCCCUUUGGUGGCAGCUCAGUUCACUCCGGCAGCUCCUCGGCUCUCGCUGGAGGCUCCCAAGUAUCCUCCGGCAGCUCCAUAGUGCCCUCCUUCAGCUCCUCCGUGCCCUCUGAUGGCUCUCCGGUCUCCUCCGUCGGUUCCCCAGUGACGUCGUUCGGGUCAUCAGUGCCGUCUUUCGGCUCGCCAGUUCCUUCCUCUGGCUCUUCUGUGCCUUCUGCCGGACCUCCAGUACCCUCAACCGAGUACCUUGUUCCCUCUGCAGACUCUCCAGCGCCAUCUGCCGGCUCCCAAAGUGCUGCUCGGCUCCCUAGCCCCCCACCUUCUUUUUUCUCUUUGCCCACUAUUUCUAAACCCCUCAAACCAUUCCCCCACAGUCAGUUGGGAGUAAAUCCACCGAGCAGUUCUGGAUCACCGGCUCAGAAUGUACCAUUUUCCCAGUUCUCAUCCACAGUACCUCAGACCACCCUGGCUGGUGGCCAGCCCUCGGGGCUCAGCCCUCAGCCUUCCAGCAUCAGCCAGGCCGGCGCUGUCGCACCUUCCCAUUUCCCUUCAGCAGGACAUCCAGGAUCACAGGGUCGUCCCUUUAGCAACUCCAUCAACCCUGUGGGUCCUUCCAGCCCGCAAUCUACAUCCAUGCCGGGUAUGAUGCCGGGUAUGGCGAUGCCGAUGCGGUCUGGGUCGUGCAGCGCUGGGACGUACUGCGUGCCGGCCGCACAGUGUAACCCGUACACAGGCUUCAUUCUGAGGGAUAACACCCCGGUACUGGCAGUGUGGCCAGACUCGCCCACCGUGCCUUUACUGGACUGUUUCGUGCCAGAUGGCUCCAUCACUGGCGGCGUCUGCUGCCAGGAGCCGCACCCCAACGCCGGAGGAGCCGACUAGACCACUCCCAUCUUCACCACCUCGUCAGCUCCCGCCAUAAACGUCCACGCCUAUGCAAGCCAUCUUCACCUCCACCCCCACGGCAGCGCCGACGCCCAACACCUUCAGUCCCACACCCUUCAUGCUCACCACCUCCAGACCCACCACCUCCACGCCACCAUCUCCAGGCUCACCACCUCCAGGCCCACCAUCUUUACACCACCACCUCCACUAAUGUGGCUUCGGUAUACAUCUUGCUUGCUCGGUGUUGGGAUUAAGGCCUACCAACCUUUAGGGUUAGUAAGGCCAUAUAAUAGCUUACUGACCACCAGCAAGUAUACUUGAACCCUGAACAUAAGGCAGCACUAAAAUAUAAGCUGCAUAUACACAGAGAAGUUAGGUACACCUCUCAGUGUAUACACCCUAUCUUCAUUUGUUUGCUUGGCAGAAUAUAUGUUUCAAUGACGACACUUAUCAUUGCCAACUUAGUGACCUGUAUAUACAUUUCCUAAAGAACUGUUGCUUAUAAAGGAUAAUUUUUUAUUAUGUUCUGAACGCCUUUUACAUAAAAUUUUUAAAUAUAGUGAUGCGCAAAUUUAUUUAUAAAAUUAUUGUGCAUAAUUAUUCAACAAAAGUGAAAAAAUUGGCUAAAAUAAUGGCAACUUUUCCAUUUGGUGUGUUUAUACAUGAGAAUAUUGGUUACAGUUAUCUACGUUACGUGUUUGUAUCUCCAGUAUUCAUAAACUGCCAUCCAACAGUCUUAAGAGUUUAGCCUAGAGAUAUCACAUGACUUGGCAGUUUUUCUUGAAAACUGGCGAUAGUUGGCUAAUUUAAGUGUAGAGUGAACAGGCUACACACAGUUUUGUAAUAACUGAUACAAUAUAUUAUACCAUAUUUUGUUAUUUAUGAAUAUUUUCUAUGUUCAAUAAAAUGGUGUUAUUGUA